ACGAACCCCGAGGUGAAGGAGGUGCAGAUCUCGUACACCAUCUGGGGCAGCCCCAACCUCUUCGGCCCGAUCCACAUCAGGCAGACGCGCACAGUCACCGUCGGCGACGCGCUCGACAGGAUCUACGAGUUCUUCCAGACGCCGCUGCGCGCGGACGAGGUCGAGCCCGUCCGCACCGCACGCCCGGAGGUCUGGAAGACGUGGGUCGAGGCGUUCCGGCGCCGCUGCCACCAGGCGCCGCACAUUGCCAUCCCCGAUGUGGAGUGGGGGCAGGGCAUGCGGCGCGUCGACUGCCUGGGGGAGAAGGUGAAUUAUUGGGGGUCGUGGAAUACCCACAACCCAGACCGGUCGUGGCAGAUCAACCUGGGGCUUGUC